AUGAGGCCUUUCUACACGGCGGAGUCGCCCAAGAGCCGCAAGCGGCCGGCGAUCUCGAAGCCGAUCGACGUCGUGGGCACGGGCGUGGGAGGGCUGGACGGGGCGAAGCUGUACUAUAACGUGGUGCAGGACUACCUGCCCAACAGCGAGGAGGACGCAGCGGGCGGGCGCGGCGGGUUUCUGAACGUGCGGCGCGGGGACAUCGUGCUGCACCUGGAGCAGGCGGAGAACAACCUGGUGUACGUGAAGCUGAUGAACAUGCUUGGUGAGGGCCUGGUGCCGGCGCGCUGCCUGGCGGUGAACAGAGAGCUGAGCGUACGCACGGAGGGCGGGGAGGCGGCGCGGGCGCCGCCGGCGCGGCGGGGGACGCAGGUGCGGUUCACGGCGGCGGGCGCGUCGUGCUGGUGCUGUGUUACGUGCUGUGGCAUUCGCGAGAGCCGGGUGUGGUACCGCAUUGAGUGCAUGCUUAGGUCCGGGUACCAGCGCACGCUGUGCCGGUACUACCACGAUUUCUACUGGCUGCACGUGGGGCUGAUCGGUCGCCUGCAGCAGCUGGGGCUGGGCGUGGACCUGAACCAGCUGCCGAAGCUGCCGGCGCCGGCGGGCAACAAGCUGAAGAACAGCAGCGCCGAGAUCCGCAUGGAGAGCUUCAACAAGUACCUGCGCGAGCUCUUCGAGAGCACGCACAUCCCGGGGCACGUGCGGGACUCGCUGGUUGUGGACCAGUGGCUUGCGCCUCGCGUGGGCGACCUACUGAGGACGCCCCGUGGGGCCAUUUUUCGCGUGCGCGAGGCCGCGGAGGGGUCUGGCUCGCAGCUUGUCUGGGAGGUGAUCUCCGAGGAGGAGGCCGCGGCGCUGGUGCCACAUACGUUGAGACUCGAGAAGCCUUCCUGGGUCUCCUCGAACUCGAGCACGGCUUUGUCGACCCUCGCGCGCUCGCUUUCGGCAGUUGUUCCUACAGUAUCGCAGGCGGGCAACAAGAUGCCCCAGCUCGCGACGUCCGCGCCUAGCACGCCCGUCUUCAAGUCACGCCCGCUCUUUCAGUCACUGUCCCCCAGUAUUCCCAGCUUGAGCACGACUAAGGAGUCCGGCAUACAUACCCCUCUGAUGUCGGAAACGUCAUCGUGCGCCUCCACUCCGCUAACGUCGCCUGGCACAGGCCACAGCAGCCCCACAGAAACUGGGCCAGUGGCUCAUCUGCCUAUUAAGAUGAAGGUAUUCUACGGAGAGGAUGUCUACGCUGUCAUCUGCACCUGGGAUAGAAUCAACGAUUAUGGCUCGCUUCUUCACUUCAUCAAACAGCGCCUGGCCAAGGAGCUGCCCGCGAAUGCGUGCCACUUCCAGCUCAGCCGGCGGCUAUGCCACGGGCCUAAGAAUGUGUCUGCUGGUAAGGCGCAUGAAGAAACCUUACUUUGCGCAAGCAACUAUAAAAAAGUCAUGUCUGAGUUCGAGGCUGCGGAUGCCGCCUACAUGGCUAAGCACGCUCACUCUGGGAUUGGCAUCGCGUUCAACACGACAGAGCCGGUGCAGCCUACGCAAAUUGCACCUAGCAACGUUCACUUGGGGGAUCAGGCACCAGGGAAACUGAACAUACUGGUUAAGGUAAUAAGUUUUUAA